UUAAAUAGACGUAGCCGCGUUACUUGGAUCAACCAGUGAUUGUUUUCUUUACUGUGGCUAAACGUUGUUGUUGUUAUUGUUAUUGUGGUGUACAGGAGCUGAACUCCCUCCCCCCCUCCGUCGUGGUGACUCGUAUCCGUCAGUCGGUCCUGCUGACUUUCCAGCCUGACACUAACAUCAGACGUAACUCUGGCGAACAGCUGAUCAGAGAGAGAGCAGCGCUGCUUCACGGCUAGCUUUAGCCAGCUAGCGGACCCCACACACACACACACACACACACAGCAGCGGAGCUAGCCAGCAGCAGCUAGUUGCUAAGCAGUGAUGGAGUGGCUGGGAAACGCAGAAGAGUCCAGCAGUGACCCAGCUUCAACAGCGAGGGGCUUCAGCUGUGUUUAUCCUCACCAACAGUCGCCAUCAUCGCACAUUUGUGACUGUGCCAUGGCGUCACUGUGCCAGAGCCAGCAGCGCUGCGUAAAGGCCUCCAUCGUCUCGAGCUGGAGACUGGCCGAGGCACAGGAUCAGCUGUGUUCACUUGGCGUCCACAGCUCAGAGUCCCUGGAGCAGGAGCGCGCUCGGACUCUGGCCUGCCCCACGGAGCUCACGCACACCGAGGAGGAGUGGCGCCGCAAGGAGAGCAUGCUGGGAAGUCUGGAGCCCAGCCGCAGUCCUGUGCUGGGAGCUGUCGGGAGUUGGAACGUUUUUGAUAAGAGUAUCAUCAAUGUCCAAAGUCAGCCUGUAGAAAUGGAUCAGGACAAGUGCAAGACGUUUCUUCAAAAGUAUGAGCAAGAGCUCAGGCAUUUUGGUAUGUUGCGGAGAUGGGACGACAGUCAGAGAUUCCUCGCAGACAUGCCUCAGCUCAUCUGUGAGGAAACGGCCAAUUACUUAAUCCUGUGGUCUAUGAGACUGCAGCAAGAAGGGAAAGAAGCACUGAUGGAGCAGGUGGCGCACCAAGCUGUAGUCAUGCAGUUCAUCUUGGAGAUGGCCUCGAACUCUCAGCAGGAUCCUCGAGGCUGCUUCAGACAGUUCUUCCACAAAGCCAAAGACGGACAAGACGUCUACUUAGAAGUCUUCCAUACAGAGCUUGAGGCCUUCAAACACAGAGUGAAAGAAUAUGUAGUGAAGUGUAAAAGUGACACAGUCAACAGCCUUGAACAACAACAGAACACUGGCACAAACUGCAGGCUCAACCCCAAAGAAGCUCUGGACUCUUUACCUCCAGUGGCAGAGUAUCCGACGAAGCGAUGCAUAGAGGCCGGAUUGUGGACAAGCACAGGGAGAUGGACAAAGGACGACUCGACAGAAACGGACGAUAUGCGCAUGAUGGAGACCUCCUAGGGAUUGUAGAAGUGGCCCACUCUGCUCUUCCAUUUUCCAUCGUCUCUCCCCAUUUUUAGGAACUACCUGAGUUUUAAAGCGCCCUUAACGCAGCAAACCAGGCUGACAAACACCAGUGCAGAGCAGGAACCAACAGAGACCUUAUCAAUCAGUGGAGCCACUGGUUUGGCCAUGGUGUCUCUUGCCAGCUGAAUGCAUGUGUUGUGCCAUAACCCUGGUUUUAACAGAUGGAGUCCUUUUUUUUUAUCCUUUGCAAAACAAACUGACAAAUUACGCAAACUCCAGACAACACAAAGAAUACUAAACCAGUAAAGUCAGUUAGGUAAUACCUAAAGCAGAACUUAGGAGGAUCUGAUCAUGUGUCUACAGGUCCAGUGUACAGAGAGACAGUGGUUACUCAGUAGGUGUGAUACAUGCGUAUGAUGAGGCACUGCUGAGCAUGUUUGGAGUACAGUUCACCUGAAGGUGAGGCUGUUGGUAUGAAAGAGAGAAAUCUCUUUACCGGAAAGCUUUCAAUUCAUUGGUCCUUCUCUUGACAACUGUCGUACGUUUAUUGUAUUUGGUAAAAGACGUGCUUUUACAUAUUUCAUUGUAAACUGUCUCACUAAAAGCUAACCCGCUUGCUGAAUCCUAAUGAGCAAAGAGCAGUCUGUCUCUGUUUAACGGUGCAACGUGUGAAUCUGUAACAAAAUACAGAGAACACUCGUUAUUUAGAUUUGUGUCUUCAGUAUUUCACUCGUCAGGCUAGUACAAAAUAAAAUUGAAGUGAAAAGGUUAGAUUAGAAGGUCUCGGGUCGCAUACACCCUGCAGGCUUUGGCUUUCGGACUCCCAGCUGAUGCAUGUUGACACAGUCCCACAGGUUUCUCAUUAUCAUAAGAGGAUAAAUAAUGCAGUGUGUGUGUGUGUGGGUAGAUCGGUCGCUGACUCACAGUUGUCUGAAAUGAACAGAUCAUGUCGGUGCAAAUGUUUUAACUUUUAUCCGCAUCAUUGCCCGAUUUGUUGUCACUCCUUCGAGUCCUUACUUGUUGCUCGAAGUAAAACAUUGGACAUUUUUAUGUUUGUUAUUCAUUCGUCUCCGGGAAGGUGAGACAAGAGUGUUUUAAAUGUAUUCCUAGUGUUGUCUGGAGAGUCCAGCUAAGUGCACAAGUAAUCAGACUACCUCCUUUUACAUCUGCCAUGAAACAUCUGUCCUCUUUAAGUUUGCAGACAGAUUUGUCUAAAUUCAACCAGUACACAUAAUGCCUACAGUUAAUCGUAACAGCAUCAGUUGAAUUUCUACAAGAUGACAGUUAUUCUCGUGCACUCUGACAGAAAUCCAUCCAGCCUUUCAGAACAACAGUCCCUUGCUUCUUUGACAUAAAGCAAAGCCGAAUAAUGAGCUUAAGAGAAUAGUGCAUGCUUUUUUUUUUAGUAUGUACGCAAUAUAAUAACUCAGCAUUUAUUACAUGACAAAGCGCUCCGCCUUCAGUGCGAUCAUGCGAUUCAGAGGAGCAAAGUCGGCCUAAUUUAAAUGAUCUGAGACAAUCUUUGUGCUGAAUGUGAAUUCUCCACAUCCAGGUAUUAUCUGGGCGUGGUAAUGUCCGGUGUGAUUAGGGCACUACAUUUGUCGGUUUAGUUGUUAUUCCCUUGGAGUUUAUCUGACCAGGCAUUCACAUAAUCGAAGCCUCAAAUGUCAACUGGCAAACAGCUGAUAGAGUUCAAAUCCGUCGUAAAAGGUUUACGAGGCCUGUGCGGCCUUUGUGUGUUUUUGUUUUUUAGUAACGUUUUUCUUCAUCAGCUUGCCGUCUGUAACCAGCAUCUGAAGCUGUGUCCCAACCGCCAGUUUCCUUAAACAAAAGUGCUCCGUGGAGACUGUCGUCAGUGUUAAAAGUUCUCGAUUCUGGUAUCUACUCCCGAGAAGAGGAGCAUGGAAGGGAUGAGGGGGAGAAAAAAAGGGCUGAGUUCUCCGCAAAAGACUUUUACUGUACAUUUGUAUGCAGAGAGGAGCUCUCUCUGAAUUCAUCUGAAUGUGUCCUGCACUUUAUAUUUCUCUUUUCAAACCAGAAAUGGCUUAAAAAAAAAGAAAGGGAGGGGGGAAAAAAAAAAAAAAAAAGUGGUCCGUGUGAAAUGAUUUUACAGGCAGGCUUUAAGCCGAGCUUGUUUUUUGAGUUGUGUGACACGUUUUCUUUGUUUUUCUUUUGUAUUCUGUCGUUUGAGACUUUUUGUUCACUUUUUUUAUUUGUUGAGUUUUGUUCCAAAUUUAUCAGGCUUCCAAUUAACUGUCCCGCUGAUACUUUUUGUUUUAACAAGACAGCCAAAAUCAGUGUGAAAACCUGCUGAGCGACAUGAUCAGUAGGACUUUUUCUGCAUACCGCGGAGUUAAAGAUACCAUACGAUGCAUUAAAGGACAGUACAUGUGGUUAUAACUCAAAGUCACUGUGUGAUGCAUUGUUUUGGGUUUUUUUUGCGGUGCACCUGGUGUCAUCUCACUAUUAUUUCACAGAUUUUCAGCAAAGUGCUGAGGUGAGGCAUUUUGAUGCUUUUCAUAAAUACUGAAAACAUAAACCGAUAAAAGCAGUGAAAAACAAUGUGCUGUGCUGUAGCAGUCGUGUUUUUUUUUGUUUGUUUGUUUGUUUGUUUUCUCUCUUACUGUUUUGUCCACGGUGACUUAUUAACUAUGCAAAAAUUAUUGUAUGGCUUAAGCUGCUGUACCAAACCUGUGGCCAGUGUCCAUGGUGUCACAACUUCCUAAAUUAUUUUAAGAUUAUUACAAAAUUUGUGAGUGUAAGACUGAGAGACUUGGUCUGAGACUGUCUGUCACUGAGCUGUGAGCUUUCAGAAUAUCACCUGUUACACUUUGUAAGAUCUGGCUUCUCCUGUCACCAUCAGCAAGUCAAAUAUAAAACCAGUGCUCAAUGUUUGUGUCUUGUUGUCACCUGCUCCAGUUCUUUGUAGACCUGCAGUAAUUACACACUAAAAAUGCAACAGCAUUAAACCAUUCCCACAGUCACCAACUACACAGAUUUUCUUGAGGAAUAUUAUAAACUUAUUACCACACGUUUGACAAAAGUUGAGUUUUUUGCCUUUUGUGGCUCCAGAUGGAGCUUCUUAAAGUGUGAUACAUAUAAGAAAUGUUGGUUUUAUUGUUGAAAACAUCAGGGGGUUUAGAAAGAAGACGUUUCUCAGACCUCCCCUUGAAGUUAGCGGCUCAAGGGCCUUGGCUGCUUUUAGCUGCUAGUGGCAUAAGACACCCGAACCCUUAUCUUCUGCCCUUUUGUUUCUGCUGCGACGAUUCUGAUGUUUUUUCUUUUUGUAACUGUCCAUCAUGAGUCUGACAGUGUUUAUAGGAGCACAAUGCAGAAUCGGUGGAGUACUCUUUUAAAAUGUCUGUUUUAGGGGCCGGUGUGUUAACUGUCAAAAUCAAUACAUCAAAAAUUAAAACAAUGACCAAUAAGCUAUCCAGUUGUGUUAUUAUGACUGACAUUACAUUAAUGUACUGCAUACAGUAGUAUCAACAACACUCAUGACACAGUUGUAAGCUGUCAAUGAAGAGGAGAUGUGCGUUUGAAUAUUCAAGUCUUUAGAAAUACGCAUGGUACAAUUCAGGAAACAUUUGUUGCAUAAAUCUACAGCACAAUGAAAGGCAAGUUAGCAUUUCUGUGGCUGAACAUCACAAUGCAGUAUUGUAAGACAAAAACGCAGAAAUGCAGAUCAAACUUGAACGCUGCGAUCUAUUAACAGGAUGAUAAACUUCUACAUUAAUACAUUUAUUUAAGGUUUUCAAAUGUUCAAUCACAUUAAAUGUCAGAUAACAUUAUACAUGUAUAGAGUUGGUCACAACAAGAAGUAUCCGGUUAAAAUGGAAACAAUGUGGUGUACUUUAAAAGGCAACACUAAUAAUAAGACUCGAGGUGGUCGAAAGAAGCUGUUAAACGUUGAUUUAAUUAAAUAAUUAAAAAAUAUUCAGUAUAAGAAAGUGUGAUCAGUUUAUACAUUAUUCAAUCUGUGGUCCGUAUGCAUAAAAAGUAUUUACAAACUACAUUCACUGAGCUACCUGUUACAUGUUCAAAAGCAGCGGAAGGCACGGAAAAGUGCAACAGUGAAUUUACAAUCAUUUGUAGAACAUGGCGUAAUUCCCUUUUAAGACGUUUGUCCACUCCACACUCAUGUGAGAAUGUUAUUGUUCUGACUACAGCUCUGCAUUUAAUACCACUGUACCAUCUAAACUCGGCGAUCUGUGAGUGGUUACAUGAUUCUUUGACAGGCAGACCUCAGACAUUCGUCUACCAUAGUUCAACAUAAGAGCACUGCAAGGUUGUUGCCUCAGUCUGUCACUCUACGGUCUGUUCACAUGCCAAAUAUAACAACAGCAGAUGUGAAGUUCACAGUUGAUGCCACAGUGAUUGGACUGAUGAUGAUGAUGCAAACGCCUGUAGGCAGGAGGUGAGAGACUAAUCCAUAUGGUGUACAAAAAUGGAACACCACUUUACUUUAAUGGUGUCGCUGUGGAAACUGUGAAGAACUUCAUUCAUCAGAUCUCUCUCUCUCCAGCUCUGUAACACUGGCUGCGUCAUCAAGAGAUGAGAUGUCUUAAAUAACUAUGACAUGCCCACAAAAAACACUGGUUAAUUAUGACCAGGAACAUCAUAUAGAGCAUCCUUACAGGAGGCAUAUUGGUGUAGAUUGGCAACCUGACUGAACAAGACCACAAACAAGGACAGUAAAAAUGACUUGUUACCUCUGGAAAACUUUUACAGAUCAUUAGAGCUGCCUCAAAGACAGACAGGCAUUAAGAAUAAUGAACAUCAUACACCGUACAUUACAUAACUUGCAGUCAUUUUCAUUGACUGGAUUUCUUAUUUCUUGUUUUUGUUAUUUAUCCAUGUCUUUAUUUAUAUUUAGUUUUUAAUGGCCGAGAAAGAAAGAGCACAUAUGUUUAAUUGCAUUUGAAUGUACACAAGAAACAGUCCAGUUCUAUACCAUAUUGGGACUGAAAAGCCCAUGCAAUAUUGGUUUUAAAGGAUUAAAAGGAUUUAAAGGAUAAGAAAAAAAGCUGGAAAGAUUCUUAUUUAGCUCAACAUAUUGUUGUGUUUGCCCAAUUUUUUGUUUUGCUGCCACCAACUAUAACAAGAAUUAAAAAAAUUGAAAACCUAAACGUUAAAAAUGUAUGCACAGUUCCUCUCCUUGGUUGCUUUCACCAGAGAGGACAUGCCUUGAACAUUUCUCAUGAACACAGGCUUGAUGUUCUGCUGUUACAGAUCUGGAUGUUUUGAUUCAAUGACGUCUCCUGGCUUUAUAAAGGCACGUUAUGGAAUAAAGAGACAAUAUUUUUCAGUUCUUAGAUCGAAUGCUUGAGGGAUUUUUAUGCACACGUCCUGAGUUUCCAAAACUUUGCAGCAUUGUGGAAACAAGACAAA